AUGUCCUCAGCCUCCAGCGCAGAUGCUGCGGAUAUAUCAUUGGCUGCAGCUGUUGCGGCUCUAAGCGUCGAGUUUGUUGUACAUCCUUUCGAUACUCUUAUCACACGAAUUCAGUCUCCGGAGUACAUACCCAAGUAUAAAAGCCAUGAGGGCAAACUACAGCCAGCUUUGUUCCGUGGCCUUUACCGUGGCAUAGCUCCGACGGUCAUAACCACAAUACCAGCUUCCGUCACAUUCUUUGGUAUCUACGAGAAAGCAAAAGCUACUCUACAACCAAAGGAAGGUCUCAAGCCGGGUAGUCUGUCUCAAACAGCUGUGCAUGCUGCGAGUAGUGCUCUUGCGGACAUGGUUGCUUGUGCCAUCAUCAACCCUUCUGAAGUCCUUAAACAGAACGCGCAAGUCUCAAGAUUCUCUGAAGGUGGAGGCCAACGGUUCCCGGUCUUGUCGGCCCUGAAGCACUUUAUUCGAAAACCUUUGAAGUUAUGGACGGGCUACACGGUUCUGGUGGCAGGAAACCUUCCACGGACUAGCCUGACGUUCUCGAUAUACGAAUACCUUAAAGAGAGAUGGCUCAGACAAUUCGACGACAUGCCAAGUAUCACGGAGCAAGUCAAAGUCAGCGGAAUCACAGCCGGUAUUGGGGGUUCUAUCGCAUCCCUGCUCUUUGUUCCUGUCGAUGUUGUGAAAACAAGGAUGCGUCUCCCAGAAAAGGCCCCGCCCAGUCAUCCGUUACAACCUGAAUCACUGUUCACGUCGGCAUUGAGUCUAGAAAAGGCUCGAAAGCCUGCAGCAAGCGGCCCUUUUUCGAUCGCCAAAGGUAUUCUGGUGAGAGAUGGAGUUUCGGGGCUCUUUAGAGGUGCCACUGUCACUUGCAUAGCGGCUGCUGUGGGUAAUGGAUUAUUUUUGGGCUGCUAUGAAGGACUGAAGUUGUAUUAUGCUCAAGAAGGUUUAAAGCAAGAACUUGUUCAAUAG